GUUAUUCGGCCUUUUUUCUUUGUUUUACUUCAUCACUAUGGCCAACCAAAAACGAGAAUCAACUCAAGUUCAACCAGAAGAUGCUACUAUUGUUUCUUUGGUAUUACAAUCUCUUGGUGUUCAUGAUUAUGAUCCAAAAGUAGUACAACAAUUACUUGAAUUUGCUCAUAGAUAUACAACUGACGUAUUCCAAGAUGCUUUAGUAUAUGCAGAACAUGCUAAUAAGGUGGAUAUUGAUUUAGAAGAUAUACAAUUAGCUAUUCAAGGACGUGUGAAUCAUUCUUUUACUACACCACCUCCCAAAGAAUUUUUAUUAGAGUUAGCAGAAGAAAAGAACAAGACUCCUUUACCAUUAAUUCCUGAAAAGUAUGGUAAUCGAUUACCAGCGGAUAAAUAUUGUUUGACAGGUCUUAAUUUCUCCAUUGUACCAAACGCACCUCCAUCACUUUCAAAUACAACAACACAACAACCAUCAUCAACAUCUUCAACAACAACAACAACAAUAGCAGCAAAUGAUUCACAGUUACAACAAUCAAAGAGAAGGCGCGAUGAUAUGGAAGAUGAUGAUUAUGAUUUCUAGUUACAAUGUUUUUUUAUUUAGUAAUUCUUACUUGUAUAUACCACC